AUUUGACGUAGACGUGACGUCGACGUAAAGCGCGAAAUUUGACUGGCGGUCGGAAGUGAAAAAGAUAAGCGCAAAAUCACAGACAGACAGUACGCAAAAUGCCUAUGUCCUGUUGUGUUUACGGAUGCUCCAGUAGGUCGACCCGAGAAACUGAUAAACGGUAUUUUAGGGUACCAAAAAUAGCCCAACGAAGAGGAGAAAAAUGGAAAAUUCUAACCGAAAAACGUAGGAAAAAAUGGAUUUUAAAUUUACGUUUACAGUCGGGAGGAGCAGAGUCUGCCAAUGCCCGUGUCUGCAGCGACCACUUCGUCAGAGGCUGCCCAAGUGCUUUGGAUGACGAAGAGUCGGAGGACUGGGCUCCGACGGUCAAUCUCGGCUACGAACGAAAACCCAGAUCGGAAUCAGUUCUCAAACGAGAGAAAAGAAUGAAGCUUAAGGCAGAACAGCAUCGAUGUGCAGAGGCGAUUUUGGAUAUGCAACAGACGGCUGAGAGCCCGGAUUUGAGCCUAGUGACAGUGGAGAACCCCGAACUGCAGCUUCCAGCUGAGAAUCCACAACCAGAAGACUUCAGUGUGAAUGAGACAUUCACUUAUCCAGGCUGUGCGGAUGCUGGAUGCCAGACAGAGCUGACGAUGGAUGACAUCGAGAAGAUGGAGGAUGUUUUGAGACAGAACACAGCAGAGCUGGUUGAUCUUCGGAGCAAGGCUCUGGACACACAGUUCAGCCAGGAGGCUUUUGAAAAAAAUGAAGACAAGACAAAGUUCUACACAGGGCUCCCCAACUUCUUAGUUUUAAUUCAGAUUUUUGAACUGUGCGAGCCCUAUAUCACCUCGGGACCUAUGUCUUUGUUGUCCAAAUUUGAACAAUUCAUACUAGUUUUGCUGAGGCUGAGACUAAAUCUGCCCCUGAAAGAUUUAGCUUUCAGGUUCAAUAUUUCUCUGUCCACUGCUUCUAGAGUUUGGCAUAAAGUAAUUGACAUACUUCAUAAAAGGUUAGAGUUCCUAAUUGAGUGGCCAGAGCGACAUGUUCUUCAAGCUACGAUGCCACUGAGUUUCAGACAGGCAUUUGGAUGUAAAGUGGCUGUGAUUGUUGAUUGCUUUGAAGUCUUUAUUGAGAGACCAUCUAAUCUUCUUGCACAAGCUCAAACUUGGUCCAACUACAAGCACCAUCACACUGUAAAAUUUUUGAUUGGUGUUGCCCCCCAAGGCUACGUCACUUACAUAUCUUCUGCCUGGGGAGGGAGAAUUAGCGAUAAGCAGAUCACAAUAGAGAGUGGCCUCCUAAAGAACUUGUUACCUGGAGAUAUUGUCCUUGCAGAUCGUGGGUUCAAUAUUGGCGAUAAUGUGGGGUUUUACUGUGCUUCACUACAGACACCGGCAUU